AUGAAUUCAUGGUACAAAAAAAAUAACGUAAUAGUACCAGUAAACUUGUUGUCGACUCCGAAACCCCGGUCUUUUGAUCGAAGGCGGCCAAUUACAACCAUUGACCAAAAUGCGAAACAACAGCAUUUGCAGAAUAGCAUUGAAGAAAUUCUCGCGACUACUCACCGUACUGAACGAGAAGUUAAGGCUUCCUUGAAGAAGCUUCGGCAGAUAAUUUUGGACGAGGGGUUACCUGAGGAAAAUCUUCCAAAGUUAGAUCCAUCCGUUCAAAAUCUUAUUCGGCCAAUUUCACUCCGCUCUCGAGUAUGGAAGCAUUUUCUUGGUGUUUAUCACGUCUCAAUGGCUGAAUAUGUUCGUCUGAUAAAAAAAGGUCGAUCGUGUGUUUAUGAUAAAGUAAGAAACGACACUUUUAGAACGAUGGCUACAGAUCAACGGUUUUUACAACGUGUUAACGAAGAUAUGUUGAUUCUGUCUGGUAACACAAAUAUACCAUAUGUCCAAGGAAUGAAUGUCUUGGCCGCACCAUUUUUAUUCACAAUGUCGGAACUGGACGCCUUCUUUUCAUUUUCUACAUUCAUACAAACGUGUUGUCCGUUAUACGUGACUCCAACAUUGCAAGGCGUUCAUUGUGGAUUAAAACUUUUAGAUAAAUGUCUCCAGAUAUUAGAUCCGGUAUUAUUUGAUCAUCUAAAGAAUAAAAAUUUGACGGCAGAGAUUUAUGCAUUCCCAAUGGUCCUUACUGUUUGUGCGUGUGUACCUCCGCUUGAUCAAGUCUUGCAGUUAUGGGACUUUUUAUUUGCAUUUGGUAUUCACGUGAACAUCAUAUGUAUAAUUUCACAACUUAUAAUGAUGCGAGAUAAAUUAUUGGAAUCGUCAAGUCCGAUGCAACUAUUAAAUAUAAGAGCUUGGCCGGAACUUCAAGCAAAAUCCGUUAUCGACAAAACUCUCGCACUGAUCCAACUAAUCCCGGAUAAACUUUAUGGUCAGCUUGUCCGGCAUCCGUUUGACCCGUCCGUUGCAAUUGCAUUAAACAAAGAAGAAAAUGGACAAUCAUAA